AUGACUGCAUUAGAAUUAGCUGCUCAAAACACAAAGGAAGAAGCGGCUAACUAUAUAUUAAAUAUUGAAGAUCUAAUCGAUGUUACAGAAAGAAUUGAAGCAUUAGAAUUAUCAGGUGCAUCACUUGUAUAUAAUGUGCGAAAAGCUUAUAGUUUUGAAAAAGCAUAUGAAUAUCUUAUAUGCAAGCAAUAUAAUAUUAAGAGUAUCAAAAUAUGCGUUUCACCCAUUGAACUAGAAUCGAUUCGGUAUGAUCCUGAAACUCUUCGUGUCGAAGCAUUACUUAUUCUUGAAUGUCUUUUAUUACCUACAAGCUGUAUUAAACUAAUAGAUUCUAUUUGGGAUGAAGGUUGGGAAUAUGCUGAUAAGUAUCAGUAUGAUCAUUCCAUUUACUUGUGGCUUUAUGGAUUAGAACUUUCUAUUAUAAACGAUGACGUCAAUAUGAAUGUUAGUAAUCUAAAAGAUAGAAUGAUGUAUAUCUUUACUGGUAUACGAGAAUUGGAUGAAAUAUAUGUGAGAUGUUAUCAAUGGAAUACAAGAUCAUUCCAACGACAAUAUUUGUAG